GCAAUUUCCAGGGCAUGAGGAUGUACCGAUCUCCAGAGCUAGGCCAAGGUCCCUGAACGCUGGAUCUACGACCCUAUCUACUCCGUACCUCACCUAGGUAUCUACGCGGUCCGUUUCUGACGUGGGUGAAUGGCGCCCCGUGAAGGCCUAGCUUGUUGGCUGGCUCUGGUUCCAGGCUUUCCAUUCAGGUGUGCCGUAAGCAGCCCUGGAGGAGAGACUCGACAUCAGGUAAUAAUCAGGUACCGACCGUCUUAUAACCUCCCGAUUCGCCUCGCCUCGGCCGUAUGCACACUCGAAAGGGGGCUCCCUGGCCGCCCCGGCCAACCAUAUGCCUGCCUCUGUGCAUUGUUUUCAAAGAAAAUGCCCACCGACUAGACCUGGAAAGAUCGAUGAGGCGGUCAUGCAAGUGAUCUCGUUACCUCUACUCCGUACAGACUGUGUGGUUGCCCAGGAGAGAAGGAGGGGAAGAGAGAGACUCGCCCGGGAUCGCUCUAGUUUAGGCCUACAGUGGUUACUAGCCUAGGCUUACUCUCCUCUCUUUCGAGUCUCUCCUGCUCCCCGCCACCAAGAGGCGGCAUUCGAGCCUGAGCUGACGGGCCUACACUGGUGCUAAAGUGACGAGCCUUGCGCUAUCGAACAGCCCCCAGGGCACACUCGGACACGCACAGAUAUGCACCGACGCUCACACUCGUCACUCGUCACUUGUCCGCUCGUCACUCGUCCACCUCCUCACUCCUCACCUCCUCACCUCCUCACCUCCUCACCUCCUCA